GUUCCGCUGGAUCUUUUGGUGAACAAAGCCGGCGGAUCAAAAAUAACGCCCUUCUGCUAAAGCUACUCUCUCUCUCUCUCUCACAAACGGCGGAAUUAUCAAAGCUUACACUCUCUCUCACUUCUGCCAUUUUCCAUCAAGAAUUAAAAAAACACUCUCUCGAUCAUACUGGAAGAAUACAUAGAAAAAAAAAACUCCUGGAAACAAGAGCAAAGAAAUCAUCAAGGCAAGCAGAGCGCAACGGGGAAAAAAAAAAGUAAUCGUUCUUUUUUUAUUGGCUCAUAUUCUUUGCACUGCAGGAUAUUGAGGGGAAAAGAUGAUGCAAGCUGCUGCGAUCGUUGCCAAAGGAAGCGUUGUUGCUGCCUCUGAGCUCCAGAGUCAUCAAAGGAGAGUCUCUGCCGGUCUCGGUGCGUUCCGAGGGAGGAGUUUGGGACCGAAUAGUAUGCGGAUGCCGGAAAGUGGAUUCUGCUGUGGGAGAUCGCCUUUCGGCUCUUCGCUUAGUCUGGGAGUGGAGAUGGCGCGGGUGAGAACAGGGGUGGUAGGGAUCUUUAGAUCCAGAGAGAAAGCUCGAUGGGUCAGGGUCCAAGCUUCUUCUGAUGAUCUGGAGGAUGUUCCUCCUGAAAAACUUCAAGCGAAAUCUUCUGGGACUGUCUUGCCAUAUGUUGGUGUCGCUUGCUUGGGGGCCAUUUUGUUUGGAUAUCAUCUUGGUGUGGUGAAUGGAGCGCUUGAAUAUCUUUCAACGGAUCUUGGAAUUACUGAAAAUGCUGUACUAAAAGGUUGGGUUGUUAGCUCAUUACUUGCAGGAGCUACUUUUGGCUCUUUCAUUGGAGGAGCAUUGGCUGACAAAUUUGGUCGAACACGAACUUUCCAGCUAGAUGCAAUUCCACUUGUGGUUGGUGCGUUUCUCAGUGCGACAUCUCAGAGCGUGCGGACAAUGAUAAUUGGCCGGAUACUUGCUGGAAUUGGAAUUGGAAUAUCUUCUGCUAUUGUGCCACUUUACAUAUCUGAGAUAUCACCAACCGAAAUUCGUGGAGCACUUGGAUCUGUUAAUCAACUCUUCAUUUGCAUUGGAAUUCUUUUAGCUUUGGUGGCUGGAUUGCCUUUGGCAGGAAAUCCUUUAUGGUGGAGGACAAUGUUUGGCAUUGCAAUUGUUCCCUCUGUCCUAUUGGCUUUGGGGAUGGCUAUCUCUCCAGAAAGUCCUCGUUGGCUGUUUCAGCAAGCAAAACUUUCUCAAGCAGAGACAGCUAUAAAGAAACUCUAUGGAAAGGAAAAGGUUGCUGAGGUUAUGCAUGAUCUAAAAGCUGGUGGCCAAGGUUCCACAGAACCUGAUGCCACUUGGUUCGAUCUCUUCAAUAAACGCUACAGGAAAGUUGUGAGUGUAGGAGCAGCAUUGUUCUUGUUUCAACAGUUGGCUGGUAUAAAUGCUGUUGUAUACUAUUCUACAUCUGUGUUUCGGAGUGUGGGAAUUGCUUCUGAUGUUGCGGCCAGUGCUCUUGUUGGGGCAUCAAAUGUCUUUGGCACUGCAAUUGCAUCUUCUCUGAUGGACAAGCAAGGAAGGAAGAGUCUUCUAAUCACAAGCUUCACCGGAAUGGCUACCUCAAUGUUGCUCCUUGCAUUAUCUUUCACUUGGAAGGUUCUGGCACCUUAUUCAGGAAUCCUUGCUGUGUUGGGUACAGUCCUGUAUGUGUUGUCCUUCUCACUUGGUGCUGGGCCGGUACCAGCCCUUCUGCUUCCGGAGAUAUUCGCUUCCAGAAUCAGAGCCAAGGCAGUUGCAUUAUCUCUGGGAAUGCACUGGAUUUCCAAUUUUGUUAUUGGCCUCUACUUCUUGAGCGUUGUGAACAAAUUUGGGAUCAGCAGGGUCUACUUGGGAUUCGCGGCGGUCUGCUUUCUUGCAGUUCUGUAUAUAUCUGGCAAUGUGGUGGAGACCAAAGGCCGAUCACUGGAAGAAAUUGAGCGUGCUCUUAACCCGGCAAUUUGAUCUAAGUAGUAACUGGAGCAUUUUGCAGGUCAAAAGAGGAGCCAACAAAGGGAAUUUGAUAGACCUUCCCUUGCUCCUAUGGCAAUAAUGAAAAGAACCAUCAUAGUUUUAGGCUUCUAAAAGGCUUCUUCCGCGUUUCCACUAUGGUGUUAUGAGUUGAAUAAAAUCGAUCUUGAUGGAUAUCAAGCUUGUCGUGAUGACAUAUCGGAGGAAGUUUGAAGGUGUUGGAUUUUAAUUUCUGUGGCUAUGUUGGAUAUUUUGGUAAUUAGACAUGAGGAGAAAAAAAAAACAAAUUUGUAGUUCUAGUAAGCAUCAUUUUGUAGGAUCCAUGGCUGUUAUGUACAGACUAUUUUCGCUCAUGGGUGCUGCUCUCCAUCUCUUGCCAUGGUGUAGUGUCGUGUUGGCUGCGUCAAUGAAACGUGCAAUCCUUUGUGAGCUUUGUAUAA